AGCAGCCUCCGCCACCAUGAUUCUCCCAUCUUGGUUUAUUCGCUUCCGGAAGGACUUGACGACUAAGGAAUUCGCUCCCAUAAAGCUUCUCUUUUUCCUUAUUUAUGGAGCGUCCAUGGCCAUGUUCCCUUUCCUCACCCUCCAAGCGCGGUCCCUCGGCAUCACGGAGAAGGAACUCGGCAUUGUUUACGCUUUCACGCCAGUCAUUGCCAUCAUCGGUCCGCCCAUGACAGGCAUGAUUGCGGAUAAGAUUGGCAAUUUUAAGGUAUUCCUCAGCUUCACAAUGGCGGCGAGCGGUGCAGCUGCCCUUGUGUUUUCCGCCGUCCCCGCCGCCCGCAUCCACCACGCCCUUCCGGAGGUCCUUCCCUACACGGUUACCUGCGGCGGGAGUGAGGGCUCGAGGCUCACGCUGAAGGAGCCUUUUCAGUGUGACUACUUGGCCGAUCUCGACACCGUGUUGUUCAAUGUUACGAGCUGUGAACCAUGUCGGGCGGACGGCCUCGCGGACUCCGAGCUGCACCUGGUGACGACCCCAUGCCCGGGCGGCGUCGAGACCAACUGCGAAAUCUCCCUGCCCCCCGGAGUGUCGCCUGUGCUCGCGGCGAGGGUGCCCCAGGGGGAGGCCAACGCCAGCUUCCUCGAACCGCUGGACUGGACCUGCCCUGGGCCCGGCGAGCAGGGAAUCCCCCUAGACACCGACACCAAAUCCGCCUACGACGUCGCUGCCUCCACGACCCUCGCCUCCAACGACUGCCGACUCCGGUGCGUGGCGGAGGUGAGGCGGGUCGACCUGUGCUCCAACGACAAGACCACGCAGGUGCUCAAGCCCAUGGUGACCUUCUGGUCCUACCUGCUGGUGCGAGUGCUCAACGGCCUGACCUUGGCCACGAGUUUCACCCUGUUCGACGGCGCGACGAUGGCGGUGCUGAAGGAACACAAGGGGGACUACGGCCUCCAGCGCCUCUACGGGAACAUCGGGGCCAUCGUGAUCACUCCCUUGUCCGGCGUCCUUAUCGAUGUCUUCUCGGAGAUGCAGGGGACUCAGGACUACAGACCGGCUUUCUACCUCUACUGCGGCCUCAAGAUCAUCGCCGCCGUCGUCAUCAUCUUCUUGAGCCUAGAUUUCCGGCAGCCUUCCAACCAGGUGUUCAGUGACUUCAAGGUGCUCAUCAGAAAACCCGAGAUUCUCACCUUCCUUCUCGUCAUGAUGAUUUCAGGCACCUGCUUCGGCCUGCUGGACACGUUCCUCUUCUGGCUCCUGCAGGACCUCGGCGCCAAGAAGUUCCUGAUGGGGAUCACCGUCACCGUGGGCAGCAUCGCGGGCGUCCCCACCCUCAUCGCUUCCGGCUGGAUCAUGGGCAAGCUAGGGCACGCCAACACCAUCAUUCUGGGUUACGCUUUCUACGUCAUUAGGAUGUUCGGCUACUCCUUCAUCCAGAACCCGUGGUGGUGCAUGCCCUUCGAAGUCCUCGAAUGCUUCACCGUGUCCCUCAUGGGCGCCGCCGCUGUGUCCUACGCGAGCGAGUUGGCGACGCCGUCCACGCUCGCCACUCUGCAGGGAAUCUACGGCGGCAUUCACUACGGAGUCGGACGCGGACUGGGCAGCCUCCUCGGCGGGUUCAUGAUCGGUCCCCUGGGCAUCCGCAACACCUUCAGGCUCAUGGGCAUCUUGUGCGGCGUCACCUGCAUCACCUACUUCGUCGUCAACCACAUCUUCUUCCGGAAACUCCAGAACCAGCGGCGAGACGAGAAGGAGGAGCAGAGGAAAGCCGAAGAAGCCGAAGAGGGGAACCCGAAGGAGACCAAGGGGGACCUGAAAGAGAGCAAGGGCGACCUGAAGGAGACCAAGGGGGACCUGAAGGAGACCAAGGACGACCUGAAGGAGACCAAGGGGGACCUGAAGGAAAUCAAGGGUGACCUGAAUGAGACCAAGGACGACCUGAAGGAGACCAAGGGCGACCUGAAGGAGAGCCUGUCCCUUGAGGCGCUCGGGGCUGUCGAGAAUGGCGUCAAGGCGAUACCUAAUGGAAAGGAAACCAAGGUGCCAUAAAGGUCUUUUUAUUCCCCCCAAUUAUUUUCUGUGAAAAAAACAAACAAACAAACACAGUUCCCUACGCACAGAUAAAAUGAAACACGGUACAAUGUAAAAAAAAAAAUAGAAAAACAAAGAACAAAACCCGAUAGUUACUUCGCCUGAUGAGGAAGUCACAAUGGUUCGAAACGUGAAGACACCGACUUUCUGUUUCUGCUGUGACUGUGUCUCGUUUUAUCCCCUUUUUUCAGUAAAUGUCAUACGUGUAAAGUAUUGAAAACCAGUUAUCGAAAGAUUUUGCUUAAACAUGAUAGUAGCUUGUUACGGUAGAGUCCAUUAGUAUGUAUUUAAGGUCAUUGUAUAUACAUUUUGUUGCAUAAAAAGAUAGGUGCUCAUUUCUCUCAAGCUUUACUAAUGCAUUUUAGAUUUAAUAGGUUAUUACUGUUUCCUACGUCACAUGUCUUCCUUCUGUGUAAGGAAAUUUUAUGGAAUGCCUCAAUGUAAGUGCCUUAGAACUUGUUAUAUACUUGAUAAUGUGUUUAUAUUCAGUCAGUGAAUGUCAGAUACUUGGCAUUAUGUAAUAUGCAGUUUGUGAAUACUUGGAAUUACGUCUUGUUUAGUAUUGUCUAUCGAUCUGUCAGAUGUUUGUAAUCAUGCCAUAUUCAGUCUAUGAUGUUGGUAUU